UGAGACUUGCUUCUGGAGUGUUUGGUUACAAUUGUAUAGAAGCUGUCAAUGUCACUACUCAGAUGGCCUGAAUAACUAGUAGCAAUGAAUUUGACAUUUGUUGGCUUGUGUUGUCGGAUGUGAUUGCUAGUUUCAUAUGUUUUUUUUUUUUAAUUCAUACGAUCGUUGGUUGAUGCAUAUAUGUUCUUGGGUAUGCCAUUUUCAGUUCCCAAUUGGAGGUUUGUCUUGUCUGUCCUUGUUUAGUGUCGAAUAUUGAAUGAUUGCUCGCACGGUAAGAAAUCAAACAGGGCACGAAAGAAUCGUACAAGGACGACUGGAGGAUCGCCCAAGGGGAGGGUUUCUUGCAUUGUCAAUGACGGGAAGAAUGGUCCUGCAAGCCACCCUUCAUCCUUCCUCUUCCUUCUUCUGCCAUCUGUACCUUCUCAGGCUUUAUCUUCCCUGAUGCAGAGGGUUUAACUUUUCCGGAGCUGGUGGUAUUCAUUUGUUUUAUUAUAUCGAAUGUUGUUGAUUAAACUAACUGGAUUCGUGUUGGUUUCCUCCCACUUGUUUCUCUCGAGCGGUGCUACUGGUAGAAAUUGGAUGGGCGUGCUGUAUCCAACAAGGGAUUUCAGUUUGCGUUUGGCCAUUAAAUCAAUCUGUUUAUCACCAAAGGUCGUGAUGUUUACUUGAUCAAUAACAGCUUGCCCACGCCAGAGGAUGAUGCCCACCUUCCGUCUCCAAUGCAAACAUCUCUAUCUCCAUCGUUUCUCCGUUAUGGUACUUAGGAGGGCUGUGUUCACAACCAACCGUUCUCCAUGCGUUGAAGAUCAGGAAACCUUGUCUCCUCACAAUCUUCUACAAGCUAACCCGAGGGCAUCUUCUUUUAUACCUUUUGAUCCAGAAGAACAAGAGACCAGAUUCGUCGGGUGCAAGGUCCCUACUUCUUGCGUUCUCUGCAACUCAUCUCCCCAGAUCAUCAACGACGUAUUCAAUUUCGUGUGCCGAUGCAGCGACGAAGGGGAUGACAAGAGGGUGUGUAGCUUGAACAUAGUUCCUCCUCUGAGCAAUGAACAAGUUGUCACAGUCGUGUCCAUGCUCGUCGAGAAGGCGGGGCCGAAACCAGCAUCCUUCUUCUUCAAUUGGGCGAUUGGCCAAGAAGAUUAUCGGACUUUCCUCCGAUUGUACUUGGCCAUGGCAGGCGCACUCAUCUGCAGACGAAAUUUCAAGAUGGCCCAAGAAGUUAUGAGGCAAAUGGUGGAGAAUCUCGCCGUCGUGGGGAGGCUUAAGGAAUCCAUUGACAUGGUGCUCGAAAUGCAAAACCAGGGGUUGCACUUGGACGUCCACACUUUGAACUGUAUCCUCAGGGAAGCCAGCAGUUUGGGUUCAAAGGAUUUGGUUGAGUAUGCAUUCAUGGAAAUGGCGGAGAGAAAUGGGGUGUCGCCGAAUUCGUGUUCUUUUAAGACAUUGGUGAGCUUCUACUGUAGAAUGGGAAGCAUUGGAGAUAUAGAGAGAAUGUUAAAGAUGAUGGUGGGAAGGGGACUUUGCAUAGAUAAUGUGGCUUUGACAGCAAUUAUCAGUGCAUAUUCUGCAAAAGGUUGCAUCGGUAGGGUGUAUGGAAUAAUUGAGACGAUGGGAAAGAGGGGUUUGUCAAUGAAUUUGAUUAAUUACACGACAUUGAUCAAUGGAUUGUGCAAAAGGGGGAGUGUGAAACAGGCUUUUGAAGCAUUGGAGGAAAUGGUAGGGAAAGGGAUAAAACCAAAUGUUUACACUCAUACUGCAUUGAUCAAUGGAUUGUGCAAGAAAGGAUGGACAGAAAGGGCGUUCCGAUUGUUCUUAAAGCUUGUUCGAAGCGAUCAUUAUAAGCCUAAUGUGCAUACUUAUAGCUCCAUGAUCAGUGGUUACUGUAAAGAGGGCAAGAUGGGUCGGGCAGAAAUGUUGGUGACAAGAAUGCAGGAACAGGGUUUGAUCCCAAAUACUGUGACUUACAGUACUUUGAUCGAUGGGCACUGCAAAGACGGAAACUUCAGCCGAGCAAAUGAAUUGCUAGAAGAAAUGGUAGGCAAAGGUUGCCUUCCAAACAUCACUACAUACAAUUCCAUAAUUGAUGGUCUGUUCAAGAAGGGAAGAGUUCAGGAAGCUCAUACCUUGAUCAAUUCAGCUCUGGCUCAAGGAUUGAAAUUUGACAGAUACACAUAUACCAUACUUAUCACUGAGAAUUGCAAGCGAGAUAAUGUGGAUCAGGCAUUGCAUCUGUUCAAGCAGAUGAUUGUGGCAGGUUGCGAGGCUGACAUGCAUACUUACACCACAUUGAUCGCUGCAUUUUGUAAGCAACGGAAGGUAAGAGAUGGUGAGAGGCUCUUUGAUGAAGCUUUGAAAAUUGGUUUAGUUCCGAGCAAGCAAACUUACACCUCUAUGAUCUGUGGUCACUGUAAGGAAGGAAAUGUGGACGCUGCUUUGGAAGUCCUUGAGAAAAUGAGGGAUAACGGUUGUAUGCUUGAUUCUAUCACCUAUGGGGCCUUGAUAAGUGGACUCUGCAAGGAUUCUAGAUUGGACAAGGCACACAUAUUGUAUGAGGAAAUGCUGGACAGGGGUUUAUCUCCCUGUGAGGUGACCUCUGUAACUAUAGCAUAUGAAUUAUGCAUGAAAGAAAACUCUGACAUUGCUUCAUCUUUGCUGAACAAACUGGACAAAAAAUUGUGGAUAAAAAUAGUUUUCAUACUUAUUAGGAAGCUUUGCAGCCAAAAUAAAGUUGAUUUAGCAUCACAUUUUGUGUACAAGCUAUUAGAUAAGGAUGUGGCUCUGGACUCUAUCACUGUGGCUGCAUUCACGAAUGCGUGCUAUAGCUGCAACAAAUAUUCUCUUGCUGCUGAAGUUUCUGCAAUGUCUUCCAAAAGGAAACAUGGUCCCCUAGAAGAUGUUUUGGUAGAAGAUGACAUGGUGGCGGUAUGAGAGUAGUUCUUUGAACAGCUGUUGAGUGUUGAGGGCAAAUAAACUUAUCUUUCUUAGCUACUUUAUGGCAGAGAGAAGCAUGUUCAGAAGAGUUGUCAACAAUGCUUGAAAAUAAGGUUAUGCGGUUGUUCUCGUACAUUACAAGUACAACAGCCAAACAGUAAAUAUGAGGACCACAACAGCUGAGGUGGCCAUCUGAAACUGGAAACUUCCUUGUGAUGGUUGAGCCAAGGAUGCCAUGGGUGUGUUUUUUAGGUGCUGCUCCAUCUGGUCCUUCAACAAGAAGCAGAUCAUAUAGAGCAUCAGAGUUUCAGGAGUUCAAACUUCCAAAUUACAAGAGUAGCAUGGCCGUCAUACAGCAGGUGCUGGUAUGGAUAACCCUUCCAGUUACCUGGAAGUGUUCUUACUAUAAAUUAUAAAAUGACAACAUGUUGACGACACUGUUUGCAGACUUUGAAAAAUGGCCUUGCAAUUUGAUCUUCUCAAUAGGCAAGAGAUAUCUUGCUUGGAGACUUGGUCAUGGCUGGUGCGGGCAUGAGAAGCAGUUUAUGUUGGGGCUCUGAUCAUGGCAGCUAAAAUUGUACCGUGCCAGCAAUGGCUGUUGGAAGUAAUAUGCAGCGGCUGUGCAUGCAAAGUGGUGCAGCCUCACAAAAUUUUGCUUCACUUUCGACAGAGCACUAUGAUUCUUAUAGUGUUGGAUAAGUUGAUCAAAAUGUGAAGUGUUGGAUAGGUUGAUCAUUUUUUUUUCUCCUGCAGUUCAGCCUACCAGCACACUUGUGUACUUGUAUCAAAUUCUGUUUAUAAUGUUAUGGACCUGCAGUAAUUAAAGAAAGUCUUCCUGAGAGGUUAAGUUGUUAAACAA